UGAUUGACAGCGGUUCUGUGGGGAGUAGGGCGGGGUUUGGGGUUGAUUGACAGUGUGGUGGAUAGGGGCGGGAUUUGGAAUUGAUUGACAGUGAUUCUGUAGGGAGUAGGGCGGGGGUUGGGGUUGAUUGACAGUGUGGGGGAGAGGGGCGGGGUUUGGAAUUGAUUGACAGCGGUUGUGUAGGGAGUUGAGCGGGGCUUGGGGUUGAUGGACAGUGGUUGUGUGGAGAGUUGGGCGGGGCUUGGAGUUGAUUGACAGCACUUGAGUGAGGAGUGGGGCGGGGUUUGAGAUUGAUUGACAGCGGUUAUGUGGAUAAUGGGGCGGGGUUUGGGAUUGAUUGACAGCGGUUGCAUGGAGAUGGGAGUGGUGGUGGGGCGGGGCUUGUGGUAGGAGGAGCAAAUGGGAGAGAGGGCGUGGCUUGUGGAUGAUUGACAGCAGCUGCAUGGGGCGUGGCUGAUUGAAGGGGUGUGGCUUUGAUGGGUGUGGCACAUGCUGGGCGUGGCCUAGAGCCCUAUAGUGACCUAUGAGAGGCCUGGCAGGGGGUGGGGCAAUACCUUAGUGGGCGUGGCUGUCUGUGAGCAUGGUGGGUGUGGCCUCGCUAACCCUGCCCCGCCCACAGGAGCUGGGGGAGGAGCCAUCCGGACCCCUGCAGAAGACGCCAAUCAUCCUGGCCAAGCCCCCGGCCGAGCGGCAGCAGCCGCCUCCUGCCGCCCCCAAGGCGGGGCCAGCGCAAGCCCCGCCCCCUCCCGCGCCAGCCCCGCCCAUCGUGCUGAUGAAAGCGCGGGGGGAGGAGGGGCGUGGAGGGGGCGGGGCUUCGGCGACAGCAGGGGAAGGGCCACAGCAGGCUCCGCCCACCGAGAGGGAGGGGCCACGCCCCACCCAGCCUGUCUAUCAACUGCACAGCCGGGGAUUGGCCCCGCCCGCGCGCUGGACCGUGAGUGGGCGGGGCUUAAAGGGGCGUGGUUCGAGGUUGGGUGUGGGAGGAGCUAAAAUGGGUGGGGUUUGUUGAGUGGGCGGGGCUAAAUUGAGGGGGUUGGGUGAGGAAGGGGUGGGGCUUGAGGGGGCGUGGUCAACUGGGGGUGAUUAUGGGUGGGUGUGGUCAUAGUGGGCGGGGCUAAAUGGGAAGGUUUGAGGGGAUUGGAUGAAGAAGAUGGGCGUGGUUUGGACUGGGCGUGGUCUAGGAGUGCCCACAUAUUGUGGGCGGAGCUAAAAGAUGGGGCUCAAGGAGAUUGGACAUUAAAAAUGGGCGUGGCUUUGUGUGGGGGCAGGACCAUGGUUGGGUGUGGCCAUUCUGGGUGUGGUCGCAGUGUGUGGGCGGAGCUAAAGCAUACGGCUCAAAGCGAUUGGGUGCAGAAAAGGGGUGUGGUUUGCCGUGUGGGCGUGGCCAUUAUGGGUGCGGCCAUUGUGGGCGUGACCCCACCUUGUGGGCGUGACCAAAUUCGCCCUCUUAAGGCGAUGAGGCGCUAAAAUGGGCGGAGUUUUAUGGGGUGGGCGUGGCCACAGCCCUAAUUAGGAAAUAGAGGAGGAGUUGUGGAGGAUGUGGGCGUGUCCUAAGAGUGGGCGUGUCCCUCCUGGCCCCUCCCCCAGCCGCCCAGGCCCAGGCCCGGCUGGCGGCGCCCGAGAAGAUGAAAACCAGCAUCAAACUGGUGGACGAGCAGAUGAACUGGUGCGACAGCGCCCUCGAGUUCCUGCUGGAGCAGACGGACGUGCUGGUGGUGGGAGCGCUGGGGCUGCAGGGCACCGGGAAAUCCACGGUGAUGUCACUGCUGGCCGGGAACCAGCCCGAGGAGGAUCCGCGCUCCUUCGUGUUCCGGCCGCAGCCGCCGGAGCUGCGCGAGAGGGGCGGGGCCCAGACCGGGGGCAUCGACCUGUUCGUCACCCAGGAGCGCGUGCUCUUCCUCGACACCCAGCCCAUCCUAAGCCCCGCCCACCUGGAUCACCUGAUCAACAACGACCGGAAGCUCCCACCUGAGUUCGCCCUCCCCCACGCCUACGUGGAGACCCAGAUCGCCGCCUUCCUGUUCACGGUGUGUCACGUGGUGCUGCUGGUGCAGGAUUGGUUCACCGACCUGGGGCUCUACAGGUUCCUGCAGACGGCCGAGAUGGUGAAGCCGCCGACGCCGUCGCCGAGCCACGACUCGAGCGGGGCCGGGCCCGAGGAGCCCUCGGAGUAUUACCCACACCUGGUGUUCGUGCAGACCCGCGCCCCCCCCGAGAGUUUCUCCCCGCGCCGCCUGGGGCAGAUGCAGCGCGUGCUCGGCCGCCUGAUGGCGCACUCGCGCCUCAAGUACCGCGGCUCGCUGUCCAUGCGGGAGCUGCUCCCCUCCCCCCCCGGCGCCCCCCCAGCCCCCCCCGAGCCCGAGGUCAAUCUGUUCCUGCUGCCCCCCCUGGAGGAGGAGCCCGAGGACGCCCUGCCCCGAGGUGGGGGAGGGGCGCUGUUCCCUGCCCUGCCCCCAUUCCGGGGUCGGGGGGGGCUCGGGGGGCUCCUGGCCCGGCUCAGGGGGAGGGUCCUGGCGGCCGCUCGCUCCCAGUUAUCGCACAGCCUGCUGACCGAGAGGAACUGGUGAGACUGGGAGGGACUGGGAGGGACUGGGAAUGGACUGGGA